CUUGCGGAGGUCUGUCAAUACUUCGUCUAGCCUCGGGCCACAGGCGAUUUGUUCACCAUGUGAACCUCUUAUCAUUGCACACAGUCCAGCGUGCGCAGGCAGUCUUCUAAAUGUCUCCGAACAACAAGAACUUCGAAAGCCAAGUCGCCUGGUCCCAUCAGCACGUGCCUCAGGCUCUCGUGGUACGUCGCUCCUGCAUGAGCACAUUAUGCCCAGCGCGUUAACCUGUACCAGUGUGUCUAUGGUAGAAGGGUGUAUUCCAACUGGUCAUUGGCAACAAGCCAUGCGAUUGGCAACGGGGACGUUGAACGGGUGAUAGGACGCUCUCGUAUGACGACAGCAUCCUUGCAGCAGAAGCACCUCUUGAGCCAUAUAUAAGGGCUCAAUGAGAUGGGGAUCCAUACAACGCAUCCGAGUCUCCUCGACCGCAAUGGUUCCCUCGAUGUCAAAAUCUAUACUCUCCCUUUGUGCCGUGUUUCUCCUCUUCUCCCUUCAGGCUGUCCAGGCGGCCAACUCCUUUGCAGGGUCCAAUCUGUACUACGCAGCAGGCCUGCAAGACGAUGACAGAACCGCCCUGCUAAAGGGACUGCAGAGCGCCGGUAUGAAGGUAUUGCGAGUCUGGAUUAAUGGUCAGUCUAACGACCAGAAGGGUACUCACAUCAACCCUUUCAACGAUCUCGAACCCAACACUCCCUGCAACGGAGACACCUCUUGCUACGACGACACAAUUCUUGAGCGACUGGAUGACUUCAUGGUUGCAGCCAACUCUUACGGCAUCAAGCUUCUGCUCACCAUGCAUAGCUACAACGCCUUGGCCAGCAACGACGCCUACGGCAAGUGGUACGGCAUCGGGGAUUUCUACACGGAUAGCGAUGCACAAACCUCCUUCGACGCUCGCCUCGUGCAUAUCCUGAACCACGUACACAAGUCGCUCGGAAAGCCUUGGAAAGAGUUGAGCGACUAUAUCUUCGCCUUCGAGGCCGAGAACGAAGCCAUGAUUGGGGAUGGCGAGUCGUUCGUCAAGGCCAACACUGCAUGGCAGUGCGACCGUGCAGGGACGAUCAAAGGCCAACUCGGCAACAGCAGCGGGAUCCUUGUGACGACUGGAGGAGAGUCGUGGUUGUCUGAGUCGGUCCAGUCUGCUUGGCUGUCCUGCGAUGCUCUGGAUGUCAUCUCCAUUCACGCCUACGGUACCGGGGACCUCGCUACCUCCGCCCUGAAACCCUAUGUCCAGCAAGCGCAGUCCGCCGGCAAGAUGCUGAUGUUGGAAGAAUGGGGCGCAUGUUACUUCGACACUUCCAACAAUGACUGCCCUACCGGAGAUGCCCUAUCUACCGACACGCGUAACGGCAAUAUCGUGAACUGGGCCGAGCAAAUUGACAACGCGGGGCUUCCUUGGUUGUAUUGGCAGGUCCUUCCCAAUGCUGACCCUCAUGCGGGGUUCGAUUACGAGAUCGGCUUGAACGAUCCGUCCUGGAGCGCCCUCCAGCAGGCUGCUCAAGCGGCCGCGCAGGCCACGGCUGCUUUCGACUUCUCGGCUUACCUUCUGUGAAGU